AUGGAAAUGGAUCAGGACGAUUAUUUGGGGUCUGUUGAUAAAAAAGAUGAAUUGACUACGCUUACUAUUUUUGGCACAAGGCCCGGGUCAAUGUCUGUUGCGAACGAACCGCCGACAGCAUUUCUACGUACAAUUGAAAAUGGUAAGAUAAUGCACUCAAAGACCUGCAGUUUUAUAAUAUACAGCAUCUCUUAUCCGAAUUUGACUACGAGUGCUUCCGAGAAGCUUUUCCAGCCUUUUCAGUUAUUCAAGGAUUGUUAUAAUAGAAACAAGCGGCGCCAAGAUGCACAAUAUCAAUUGGCGAAUUACUUCAGUUUAACCAGUUUGCAAAAAUCGUUUGAUGAUGGCGCUGAUAAUUCUUUUGAAGGAUCUACAAUGCUGUUGGAUAAUAGCAAUCAACACCAAAAACAACCUGAAUUGUGUAUAUUCCCCGAAGCCAUAUUGUUUGACAAGAGUACAGGUCACCUGAAAACAGUUCAACACAUCCAGGAGUACGAAAAUCGGUUUGAGACUGUUUUGAAAAAAUUCAAUGAGAAACGUAUUUCGCAUCUUUACAUCAAUUGGAUGAGGUUACUGGAGUCAUAUGUCGAGCUAGUAUUUCGCGAUUUGGCAGUAAAAUGGUGCCACUGGUUGCACUCAGUAAGAGCUGCCAGGCAUCGCCAAAGUAUACAAAUGACUUUGAGAACUCGCCUGCCUGAACUGUGCCGAAUAUUUUGGCAAAAAUAUUUCAUCUUUCAGAAUUCUAGCCGCCAGCCCAUUAACGAGUUCUCCUCUGAACUUUUGAGAAAAAUAUUGUUGAAAGCGCGGCAAAAAAAUGGCAAAUCAUAUUCCAAGAUAAGUUUUGGAUUAUGGCUUGACUCCAAGAACGGAAUCUUAAUAAUGGGUAAUGGUGUAUAUUUUGGCAAAGAGCCGUCAUUGAAAAACGUACAUGUGAUACCGACAGCUGGUAUAUGCUUGGAUCGGAUGAUGCCAAAAGAUGUCACAAGUAAGUUGCUAUUGUUUAUAAAUUUAGCCAUCAUUGAAUGUUUUUACAAUGAGGCGUGA